GCAUCAUGUAAAGAUAUGAUUAUUUUUGGUCAGGUUCUUCCGGGAGUUAUUUCUCGAAGAUUGUCUAAAGUCAAUACAAUUAUAUUUAAGCAUGUGGUGUUCAUUAAUCAUUCCAGGAGAGAUGAUGAAAAAGAGCAGUUAAAUCGAAUUGAGGCAAAAGUCAAUGAAAUAUAUGCUAUUCUUCGGGAUACACAGAAACAGAAUAACAGGUCAAAAAUAAUAAAACCAAGCGUCAUACCGAUAAAAUCUGUCGAGGACGUUGAGGCAUUUGAAAAAAGUAAUGAUGACGAAUAUAAUAACGUUGUGCAAUAUCUUAGAAACAUUGGAGGCUUCAAUGCCAAAGAAGCGAUAACUCUAUGUCUAAAGGAAAGCAUCGCAGAUUCAGCUUCCGUUCUCUUUUCAUGGCGAGGUCGAAAAGGGCUGAAGGCAUUAUACAAUGUAAGACUUGUACUUGCAAUUUUCGGUAAGAUUUUUUAACAUUUCUAUUUAUACACACA